AUGAAGUCAGAUCGUUUGCGUAGAAAAUCUCAUCGUUUUAGCAAUUCAACGGCUACCGUGCCUCAUGAUUGCUCUACACUUCCCGAUACCUACGGAGCUGACGGCGCAGAAAAUAUUUGUCCAGAAAUACUCGCACACAAGUUAGCUGAGGUCGCUGGCAAUUUAGCAAAAAACAAAGGCGGUUGUGUUGAUUUAGCUGGAUUCGAUUUGAAAAAGGACGGUAAAGAGACAACUGAAGAAUUCUUGAGACGACGCGAAGAAGUAAAAAAUUUGAUGGGUAAUCCGAAGAAUUUUGACGAUGCCACUCAGAUGGAUCUGGAUUAUGGUGUAGCUGCCGUUGGCGGAGCCAAACUUUUGGUUGACCAGACCCGAAUGACAAGAUCCAUCAGUCAGAAGUACGUCAUUUAUCCACCUACAUCAUCAAUUUCUGCUAGAAUUCUUGGUCAAUUCUUUGUACUGAGACUUGUGAGCUACUGCGGUCUGAAUGAAGAGGAAUUUCUUUAUAAAGGACUGAAAGGUGGUUGCGAUGCCAAAGCUGGCCAAGAAAUUAGCAAAAAUCGUCAGUCUUCAGUCGUCGAAUCGUUCGUCGAUUUUCAAAAGCAAAUUCAUUUCAAAAUGAUAGUCCUCAAUCACGUAGCUGAAAAAGUUGGCGGCUCGAAAGCAGAGAGUUUUCCCCGUAUUGUGGGCCGAAGGAAACGAGUAGUAAGUAAUCCGUACAAAACUCCAGCCCAGCGAAUAGCAAUUAAUCCACUGGAUAGUCAGCGGAUAAAUGAUCAAUAUGCUCUUGAAGUGGCAUCAAAGGUGAUAAAUCGAGCCAGAAGUUGCCAAAGAAUUGCUCCAAUACCGUUCAAUUACCAACUACUUGAUGAAGCUGAAGAUCAAUUGUAA